CCCACACCAAAGCCAUCGUCCACGUCAAAGUCUGCAGCAACCCAAUUAUCCUUUGUUGCAGUUACGGAGUUGCUGCGCGAGAACCAAUAGACGACCACAGAUUGUAUAUACUGCACCUGCAGCGGACCGAUCCUGUCUAGCGGUUUCCUUCCCUAGAACGUCUGGCCUAAUCAGAGAACAGCACACGAUACACGACCCAACUUUCACCUUCUAUCGCUACUUAUCCUUUGGGCCUCACAUGCCCGACCCGACAUCAAACCCAGACCGGAGCAUCAAUACUGACAGUUCCGCCUAUGGCACCUUCCCUCGACCACGAUUAAGCCCCAAUUACAGCAGUCGUGAUAGUGUAGACAGCACAGCUGUGCACAGCAACGGCGGUGAUGUUUCUCCCAAGAGAAGGCCGUCGCCCGCACAGCGUAAAUCUUCGCGACACAUAGAAUUCCGGAAUCACCUUAGGCGACCCCAUCUCACAGACACCCAACGGACCUUGAGCGAUGCUCUACGUGCGGUGAAAAGUAGAGAAGAGCAAGAAACUCUGCUUCCCGAUGAAGACCAUGCGGGUUCUGAUGGCUGCUUCAAUGGGAAUGGCGAGCCGGUGGGACCUAGAGAGGUGUUUGCGCCGUAUCCGCAUUCAGGACUGAAGGUCUAUUACAACAUUCAUCGCAUACGAAGGCUCAUAUUAGCUGUAAUAGAGGACCCAUAUUCGGUCGAGCAGUUGAGAGAACCGCGUAUGAACGUGUUGAUUGUCAAACCACUUGUGGACCGACUCUACGAUGAAGACGAUAUCUCUAUUGUGUAUUGUCUGCUCGUAAAUCGUAUGCAGUUCUUGCGCGAGCAGCAAUUUCAGCAACACCAUCAGACCGUGGAUCUCACUCGAGCCAAUUUGUGCGAGCUCGUAGCCAUGAAGGUCCUACGUCGGCAUGACGAAGAGAGUACUGGAAAGCCUGGACUCUUGCUACUCGCACAAGUUCUCGUAGCACCAUUCCAGCCUUUCCAAGGUGCACCGGAAGAAGUGUCCCCACCACGGCACAUCUCGGAGUAUCAGGGUCAAGGUGACUACGAGGGCAAGCUGACAGCUCUAGAGGUUGCCAUUGUCUCUGAGAGCAAGGUCCUUCUGAGCAGCUCGGCGAGCCAGAAGGUCAUAGAUGCGGUGUACCGGGGACGCAUUGUGUACACGCCGACGACUUUCAUCGACAUCAUUCCAGACCACUACAAGCACAAGCCAAUAUCGCUGUACGAUCCCCGUAAAGCCCCACUGCUGAACCAAUACCGUCUCAUGGUACCCCGUACGCGCAACAUCAUCGAAGUCGUUCAAUUUGUCAUCCUUCUCGCAUGCUACUGUUGGUGUAUGCACGAGAGGGUUGAUCACACACUUACGACAGCCGAGAUGGUCUUCCUGCUCUAUGGAGGUGGCUGGGUGCUUGAUGAGUUGAUCUCUUGUGUGGAACACGGAUGGGAGGUUCAUACCCAAGAGCUCUGGGCUUUCCUCGACGUUACCUUUUCCGGAAUCUACAUCAUCUACUUUUGGAUGCGCCUGCACGGCUGGGUUCUUGGAAACGACGAGACGGGCAGGCAGGCCCUCGAUGUCUUGGCGACAGCCUCGCCAAUCUUAUUCCCAAGGAUCGCCUUCAACCUGAUGCCGGAGAACAUGCUUUUCAUCUCUCUGCGAGCAAUGGUAAAGGAGUUCACCGCACUUAGUCUCAUCGCCUUCUGGUGCUUCGGUGGCUUCUUGUUAGCGUUGAAAUGGCUCAGUAUGAGCAACCCUGCUACGGACGCGGACGCUCCAAAUGUCAUCACCAUUUCCAAGUGGAUGCUCUGGAUCUGGUUUGGGCUGGACGGCACCGGUAUCGAUGAGGCACCCACAUUCCAUGAGAUCCUAGGCCCAGUACUCAUGGUCAUCUACGCGUUCAUCGGCAACACGCUCUUUCUGACGGUUUUGGUGUCCAUUCUCUCCAACACAUUCUCGAAGAUCGCCGCCGACGCCACUGCUGAGAUUCAGUUCCGCCGCGCAGUCAUGACUUUCGAAGGCGUCAAGUCGGAUACAUUGUUCGCCUAUCGACCGCCGUUCAACUUACUCGCAUUUGUUGUCCUGCUGCCGCUCAAGUUCAUAUUAACGCCGCGCUGGUUUCAUAAGAUCAACAUUACGGCGAUACGUGUUCUUAAUGCACCGUUUUUGCUAGCAAUUGCGUGGCACGAGCGCCGUACGCUGUGGAAAUCAACACGCAGACGCAGCAUCAGCGGCCCCGGUCCUAGCAAGCGGACCAAGUGGCUCUUCGAUGGCGGCUUCUGGAGUUGGAGCAAGAUGAGCCCGCAUGCUGAUCUUCAAGCGGUGUUCGAAGAGGAAGCGCCCAGAGAGAUCAUCGAAAGAAUCGAGGAGGAAGAUGACUUGGAAGACGCGAUUCUCGAAAACAGUUUCGCCGGCCCCGCAGGUGCUGAUCGGAGGAGCAUCAGUCCAGGUAGCGUCUUGACGAGAAGAAGGAGGUUGAGCAGUGCGUGGCCGGGACCGGUUCCAUAGGGUGCUUUCCGGUGAUGUGAGUACACAGCUUGGGAAAGUAAACCUUGUCUUCUGCGUUGAUAAGUGCGAGAACACCUAGCUUUUGCGUAGCAACCUCAAUGAGCAACAACGAUACCUC